CUCGGAAUCGUGCAUAAAGAAUUGGCUCAUUCUCGAGAGAAUUCGGAUUUGAGAGAUGAAAAAUUGCAGGAACUUGAGGAGACUAUUUCUAAUCAAAAAAACUUGAUCGACAGUCUAAUGUCCGACCGCGAAUCACUAUCCAAACUGCGUGCUGAGCUAACCUCUUUCAAGAGCGCCGCCAUCACUCGUCUCGUCCAGUCUAGUCAUCUGAUAGAACAGUUGCGCAGCGAACGGUCUCGCGUCCAGGCUUUAGAGGCGGCCUCCCUCAGCUCGGCCAGACAACACGAGGUCAUCAACGCUUCCUUGGAAGUCAGUUUAUAA